GCAAGUAGCCUUCUGGUUUCCAGUGAUCCCCUCGUUGUCUCUGUAAAAAGAGUUUAAGGUCUUGAACAAUGGAGGACCAGCUGCUCUGUUCUCUUUCAGAGAUGACUACCAAAAGCUAGAGGUUUGUGAGUGCCUCCCCUGUGCCAGGCUGUUAAGUACCUAAUGUGCAUGAUCACAUUUAAUCUUCAGGAAUCUAUAGGAUAGUUGUAUCUAUUUGUUACAGUUGAGGACACUGAGAUUCAGGAUAAGUAUUUCCGCUAAGGUUACAUUCCGCUAAGGCAUCCGAGGUUUGUACUCUUCCUGAGACCCAUUCCGGGUGGAAACUGGAGGUUAGCAUCGUUAACCCAGAUUCCCUUUCAUCUGGUCUAAAUGAUGGAAAUCAGUAGUUGGUACUGACUGCUACCAGUGGGAGUUCAGGGGCAAGGAAGAGGCUAUGCAUGUGGAAGCAGUGCCCAGGGCCAAACCACAGGACAGAAAAUUGGAACAGAAUUACAUAAAUCAAGGUCAGAAAUUCCUGCCCAACCCAUGGGGUGGAGUUUUCUCCAUUCCUAUCCAUCCUAGUGAAUAUAAACCCCGACUUGAUGUCAGUAACUGGAAGGAGCAGCUGUUAGAACUCUGAUUUCAGCUCUCAGCAUCCACCAUGCAUCUCAAGAUAGUCCUGGCGUUCCUGGCACUGUCCCUCAUUACCAUCUUUGCCCUGGCCUAUGUUUUGCUGACCAGCCCAGGUGGUUCCAGCCAGCCUCCCCACUGCCCCUCUGUAUCCCAUAGGGCCCAGCCCUGGCCACACCCUGGCCAGAGCCAGCUGUUUGCAGACCUGAGCCGAGAGGAGCUGACAGCUGUGAUGCGCUUUCUGACCCAGCGGCUAGGACCAGGGCUGGUGGAUGCAGCCCAGGCUCAGUCCUCGGACAACUGCAUCUUCUCAGUGGAGCUGCAGCUGCCCCCCAAGGCUGCAGCCCUGGCCCACCUGGACAUGGGGAGCCCCCCACCUGCCCGGGAGGCACUGGCCAUUGUCCUCUUUGGUGGACAACCCCAGCCCAAUGUGAGUGAGCUGGUGGUGGGGCCACUGCCUCACCCCUCCUACAUGCGGGAUGUGACUGUGGAGCGUCACGGCGGGCCCCUGCCCUAUCACCGUCGCCCGGUGCUGAGAGCUGAGUUUACGCAGAUGUGGAAGCAUCUGAAAGAGGUGGAGCUACCCAAGGCACCCAUCUUCCUGGCGUCCACCUUCAACUACAAUGGCUCUACCCUGGCAGCUGUGCAUGCCACCCCUCGGGGCUUGCGCUCGGGGGACCGAGCUACCUGGAUGGCCCUCUACCAUAACAUCUCAGGGGUUGGUCUUUUCCUUCACCCCGUGGGGCUGGAACUACUACUGGACCACAGGGCCCUGGACCCUGCCCACUGGACUGUCCAGCGGGUCUUCUACCUUGGGCACUACUAUGCAGACUUGGGCCAGUUGGAACGGGAGUUUAAGUCUGGCCGGUUGGAAGUGGUUAGAGUCCCUCUACCCCCACCAAAUGGAGCUUCAUCCCUGAGAUCUCGGAACUCUCCGGGUCCUCUUCCCCCUCUUCAGUUCUCGCCCCAGGGUUCCCGCUACAGUGUGCAAGGAAACCUGGUGGUAUCCUCCCUCUGGUCAUUUACCUUUGGCCAUGGGGUGUUCAGUGGCCUGAGGAUUUUUGACGUUCGGUUCCAGGGUGAGCGAGUAGCCUAUGAAGUCAGUGUCCAGGAGUGUGUGUCUAUCUAUGGUGCCGAUUCACCCAAGACGAUGCUGACUCGCUAUUUGGAUAGCAGCUUUGGACUCGGCCGUAACAGCCGAGGCUUGGUGCGGGGAGUGGACUGCCCCUAUCAAGCCACGAUGGUGGACAUCCAUAUAUUAGUGGGCAAAGGGGCAGUCCAGCUGCUUCCAGGGGCUGUGUGUGUAUUUGAGGAAGCCCAGGGACUGCCCCUUCGAAGGCACCACAAUUACCUUCAAAAUCAUUUCUAUGGUGGUUUGGCCAGCUCAGCCCUUGUGGUCAGGUCUGUGUCAUCUGUGGGCAACUAUGACUACAUUUGGGACUUUGUGUUGUACCCAAAUGGGGCACUUGAAGGGCGGGUCCAUGCCACGGGUUAUAUCAACACAGCUUUCCUGAGAGGGGGAGAGGAGGGCCUCCUCUUUGGGAACCGUGUGGGGGAACGAGUGCUGGGAACGGUGCACACACAUGCCUUCCACUUCAAGCUGGACCUGGAUGUGGCAGGGCUGAAAAACUGGGUGGUAGCUGAAGACGUGGUGUUUAAACCUGUGGCCGCCCCCUGGAACCCGGAGCACUGGCUACAGCGCCCACAGCUGACUCGGCAGGUCCUGGGAAAGGAGGACCUGACAGCUUUUUCCUUGGGAAGCCCCCUACCCCGCUACCUCUACCUGGCUAGCAACCAGACUAAUGCCUGGGGUCACCAGCGCGGGUACCGAAUCCAGAUCCACAGCCCCCUUGGCAUACACAUACCCCUGGAGAGUGACAUGGAGAGGGCUCUCAGCUGGGGGAGAUACCAGCUUGUGGUGACCCAGAGAAAGGAGGAGGAGUCACAGAGCAGUAGCAUCUAUCACCAGAAUGACAUCUGGACACCCACAGUUACCUUUGCUGACUUCAUCAACAAUGAAACCCUCUUAGGAGAGGAUCUGGUGGCUUGGGUCACAGCCAGCUUCCUGCACAUUCCCCAUGCCGAGGACAUCCCCAACACAGUGACUCUGGGGAACAGAGUUGGCUUCUUGCUCCGACCCUAUAACUUCUUUGAUGAGGACCCCUCCAUCUUCUCCCCUGGCAGUGUCUACUUUGAGAAGGGCCAGGAUGCUGGGCUCUGCAGCAUCAAUCCUGUGGCCUGCCUCCCUGACCUGGCAGCCUGUGUCCCGGACUUACCCCCUUUCUCUUACCAAGGCUUCUAGUCCUGAGGGUGUGGCGGGGGGCGUGGUUAGGCACAUGUACUUUUCCCUAUUUCUACUUUCUGUUCUCUGUGUUUUUAUCACACCUGCUCCCCAGAUUCCCACCCCUUCAAUGUUCCUCUCACACGAAACCCCCAUCAGUCCCUUUGGUUAAUUCUUACUGCCUGUUCAUCUCUAAAAUGUUAAAUUAUAAAAAUGAUUUUAAAAUACUGAAAGAAAAAUACCACAAAUCCUACUACUCAGAAAUCGGUGGUGUUCACAUUACAUCAGACAUCUCUUUAUGCAUGUGCAUUCAAAAGGAAGAGUAGGUAGAAUUUUGUAAAACAGAUGUUAUAUGUAAUUUAUAAUAAAAAGUAUUAGAGGAA